CAUUGACAUCAUCAUAUCUCAAAGAUCACAAGAAACAGUCAUACAUGGCGGCCUUGCUAAUCAGAUCCAUCGCCAGAACCUUUAAACGGUCAGCCGCUUAUUCUGCAGCUGCCCGCGCCGGUUUUACUUGUACCUCCAAGAAGCUAGAAGGCAAAGUAGCUCUCAUAACCGGCGGUGCAAGCGGGCUAGGUAAAGCCACCGCCGGCGAGUUUCUACGGCAAGGCGCCCGAGUCGUGAUCGCGGAUUCAGAUGCGGAAAGCGGAGUGAAAGCGGCUAGGGAGUUAGGCUCAGCGGCGGAGUUCGUGCGCUGCGACGUCACGGUGGAGGAAGAGAUCGCCGGUGCCGUGGAAAAGACGGUGGCGAAGCAUGGGAAGCUAGACGUGAUGUACAACAAUGCAGGGAUCGUGGGACCCACGAAUCCGGCGAGCAUAUCGGAGCUAGAUAUGACGGAGUUCGAGAGAGUGAUGAGGAUUAACGUCUUUGCCGUCGUCUCCGGGAUUAAACACGCAGCUAAGGUUAUGAUUCCGGCUCGCUCGGGGUCUAUUUUGUGCACUUCAAGCAUUGCAGGCGUGAUCGGAGGGUUGGCUCCACAUUCAUACACAAUAUCGAAAUUCACGAUCCCGGGAAUCGUGAAAUCGAUGGCUAGUGAGCUCUGCGAACACGGCGUGCGUAUCAACUGUAUCUCACCGGGUACGGUGGCGACGCCGCUCACUCUCCGUUACCUUCGGAAAGUGUUCCCGACGGUGACGGAGGAGAAGCUCCGUGAGACGGUAAGAGGGAUGGGUGAGUUAAAAGGAGCCGAGUGUGAAGAGGCUGACGUGGCUAAAGCUGCUCUGUAUUUGGCCUCCGACGACGGUAAAUACGUUACCGGUCAUAACUUGGUCGUCGACGGUGGCAUGACUGCUUUCAAAAUCGCUGGUUUCCCUUUUCCUUCUGAUUCAUGAUCAUAUGUAACUAUGAAUAAGUCAGAAAAAAAACACCAUGAAUAAGUCGUAUUCAAGA